AGUGAAUUGUAUACAAAACAAGAAUUUUAUGAAUAUUACUCAAUUGUAUUGAUAUAGUGAUAGUGAUUGUGAUUGUGAUUGUGAUUGUAAUGGUGUUAUAAAUGCAUUGAAUCGGUGGUCAUAUAGUGCUGGGAAGUGCACGUAAUAUGGGAUCCUACUGUUCGUCUGGUGGUAAGAACGACAAGAAGACCAAAGCCGACGAGGAAGACAAUGACAAUGACGGUAAGUCCAAUAAGAUCCGCAAGAGUUCAACAGAUAGUCUGCCUUAUGGUAAGGCAUCGACAGGUGCAUCGGAUCUACACUCGGGUGGACAUGAAUCUGCUCCACAACCCAGUAAUGACAGAGGAGGACAAGAAAGCUCAGGACAGCCCACCAUCAAAGUGGACGUUCCCACGGAAGACCAUUACCCGAACCCCUCACCCGUGCCACCCGUUGUCCUCUCACCCCCGCCUCCCAACACGAGUCCAACCAUUUCUGAGUCUUACUCUCGACCAGAUUCGAGGUCAGUGUCGGGCAACACCUCCCCGGACACGACUGCCAAUCGAUGUUAUACUCAAUUAAUUGCCAUUAAAGACGACGACAAGUAUUUGAUCGCAAUAUCCCUUCACUCCAACGAAUUGACGGUUUGGAGUAUUGGUGAGGNUCGAGACGACGACAAGUAUUUGAUCGCAAUAUCCCUUCACUCCAACGAAUUGACGGUUUGGAGUAUUGGUGAGGAGAGAGCCGUUCGCACCCUCCGGGGUAUUAGUCAGCCCCGGGACGUGAAAAUGAUUGAUCGCUUCCGAGCGGUGGUGCUCUGCAACCGCGAACUCAAACUCUAUGAUCUGAAUAAAGGAAGGCUUGAAACCAAAUUGAAAGGAGUUAUGAAUCAAAUGAUGCCUUAUUAUGGCUUACAUGACGACAAGUAUGUGGUCGCCCUCUCGCGCAACCGGAUGUACGUCAAUAUGAUUAACAGCACCACUGGGGUUAGUGUCCAUACAGNGGUGCUCUGCAACCGCGAACUCAAACUCUAUGAUCUGAAUAAAGGAAGGCUUGAAACCAAAUUGAAAGGAGUUAUGAAUCAAAUGAUGCCUUAUUAUGGCUUACAUGACGACAAGUAUGUGGUCGCCCUCUCGCGCAACCGGAUGUACGUCAAUAUGAUUAACAGCACCACUGGGGAUUUGGAGACGACGUUCAAAGUGGGCGAAGACCGCUUCCUCAACACCGUUCCCAUUACUGGUUUGGGACCUAACGAAUCGCAAACGUUCAAAGUGGGCGAAGACCGCUUCCUCAACAGUCUACUGGUCUCAGCAAACGGACAGAUCUGUGUCUGUGGCGAUGAAACUCAAAAGCCGUUCCCAUUACUGGUUUGGGACCUAACGAAUCGCAAACUGCUAUAUGAUCUGCGAAUACCUCACCACGAAUUCAUCACUCGAUUGUCUGCCAUCAGUAAUGACGGCCAUUACGUGGAAUUGAACACUUCGUCUCCGAAUUCUAUUAUCGUUUACGAUCUCCAGAGCGGAACUCUAUUCAAGAAAUGGAAACCCGAAAGCAAUUCAGUGAGUAUUGCCAUCUCUACGCAAACGGGUUGUGUCAUCAAUGGCGUGGAAAGUGGGGACGUCUUAGUCUGGGAUUUAUCUACCGGUACCAAAAAACAUACUCUUAGCGGACACACAGCCGCACCCGACGUAUUACAGGCCACGGAAAAGGAUAAUCGCUUUUUGUCGUAUAACUCGACCUGUUCUGACCCUAACAUUAGGAUUUGGGAACUGGACACCGGGUCGUGUCUAAUGGUCUACACACCUGAAAGUCAGAUCAGUUGCUGCCGACUGUCCCCCGACAGCACUGCAUUGGUGUUUGGAUUGCUGUCGGGGAUGACUCUCAAGACUGUAUUACUUAACAAAACAAAGUCUUCUUCUGACGAAUCAAAUACCACUUCUUUAGCACAAUAUGGAGACCAAGAAUACGAUGGAAUGACACAGUCAGUGAUGUACGAAGACGAGGAGGGGUUGGGCGAGGAGGAGACGUUGGAGAUCACGUCGGACGUGUGGCAGGAGGCCUGUUGGAUAGUCAUCAGCUCCUACUUCGACGAGAAGGGUCUCGUGAGACAACAACUCGACUCUUUCGAUGAGUUCAUUCAGAUGUCGGUCCAGAGGAUAGUCGAGGACUCGUCGGCCAUCGAAUUGCAGGCGGAGGCACAACACGCGUCGGGAGAGGUGGAGAACCCGCACCGGUAUGUCCUGAAGUUUGAACAAAUCUAUUUGUCUAAACCGACGCAUUGGGAGAAAGACGGUGCGCCCACUCCUAUGAUGCCAAACGAGGCCCGA